AUCCAAAGAGAAGUCAACCAUUCGUUAAAACAAUGUUUUCAUAAAACGAGCUAGCGAAUGCUUCAAAAAAUCUUAGUUCAUGGAGCCAUGAAAAUAAAAUAGAAAGAAGAAGAAACUGGCACGGUUUAUUUGAUUAAAAUUUAUCUAUGACUAAAAUCGAAUUGAAGAAUAAGAAAAAUAAUGUGAUAUGUAUGCUAAUGUUUAAGUUGGAUUGAAUGAGUUUCAAGAUAACACUUUUUCAAAUCAUGAAGUAACAUAAUAUUAAAGUUAUUAAAGUAGUAUAUAAUGACAAAAAGUCAGUUGUCUUUCAGACUUAGACAAAAUGUACCCCAACAAACACGAAGGGAAUCCCGAGAAAAAAAUAAAAGAGUCCAAAAACAUGUUAAUAAAGUGGAAAAUACUAGUGCGGGGUUAAUAUUCCCAGCUGGUGAUACAGCUUUUAAGACCUUGCUUUCGGCACGUUUCUGUUCGGCAAUAUGGUCACACAUAUCAGACUGUGAUGAAACUUAUAAUUAUUGGGAACCUAUGCAUUAUUUAAUAUUUGGAAAAGGACUACAAACUUGGGAAUACAGUCCAAAGUAUGGGUUACGAUCUUAUUUUUAUUUAAUGGUACAUGCUGCACCUGCAUGGAUCUACCAAAGUUUAUUGCAGCCUAAUCCCGUGCUUAUAUUUUAUUUUGUAAGAUGUAUUUUGGGAUUGAUAUGUGCUACUUGUGAGGUUUAUUUUUAUAAAUCCGUAUGCAGAGAGUUUGGCGUUCACAUUGGUAGAAUAUGUUUAGCUUUUCAGUUGUUUGCAGCUGGAAUGUUUGUAUCAAGUACAGCAUUUCUACCUUCAAGUUUUGCUAUGUACACAGUGGCUGCAGCUUGUGCAUCAUGGUGGCAGCAAAAAUAUGCUCUGGCUAUAUUUUUUACUGCACUUGGCUCACUUUUAGGUUGGCCUUUCGCAAGUCUAUUGGGGGUUCCAAUAGCAUAUGAUAUGUUAAUACGAAGGAAAUUAUACCUAAACUUUUUAAUUUGGUCAGGAUUAUGUGCUGCAAUCAUUUUAAUCCCAAUGAUUAUUUGCGAUUCUAUGCUAUUUGGUAAAUGGAUCGUAGCUCCUUUGAAUAUUGUUAGAUAUAAUGUAUUUGGUGGAGCUGGGCCUAAUCUAUAUGGAACUGAACCAUUUUCAUUUUAUCUGUAUAAUGGAUUUGUAAAUUUCAACUUUAUAUGGAUAUUAUCUUUACUGAGUCCAUUAGCAAUUAUUUUACAUUAUUAUUUUGUACCGGCAAAAAAUAAGUGUACAGUAUAUCUUCCCUACUGGUUAUCUCUAAGUCCAAUGUAUUUAUGGUUGGCGGUAUUUAUGUUUCAAGAUCAUAAAGAAGAAAGAUUCCUUUACCCGAUUUAUCCACUCAUUUGUCUCGCCGCUGCUAUUACAGUGGACAUAAUUCAAAAGUUAUGGUUCAGGAUUUUGAAUUUGUUCCAGAAAAUGCCUCAUGGAACUCACUAUUUAGAUAAAACUAUGUUUAUUAUGUUCGCCAGUAUAAUUUUAACAUCGGUAUUAGGCAUGUCGAGAAUAUUUUCUCUUUACCGAAAUUAUCAUGCUCCUUUGGAUUCAAUGAUGGAAUUGAAUAGGUAUCCGAUGGAAAUAAAAAUAUCUGAAAAAACUCAAAUCAAUGUUUGUUUUGGUAAAGAAUGGCAUAGAUAUCCUAGUUCAUUCUUUUUGCCCAAUUUAAAUUGGAAUAUUAGGUUCAUAAAAUCAGAAUUCCACGGAAUGCUUCCAGCCCCAUAUUCCGAAGGUGAAAACGCUACCAGUAUAAUCCACGAAUAUUUCAACGAUCAAAACAGAGAAGCACCUGAACUUUAUUUUGAUAUAAACAAGUGUAAUUUCUUAUUAGAUUCCGAUUUCGAUAGAGAAACCCUACUAGAACCAAAUUAUUCCAAACAAACUGAUAAAUGGAAAAUAAUUAAGAGUUACAAUUUUUUAAAUACAGAGAGAUCACAUAGACUUUUUAGAUCUUUUUAUGUGCCGUUUUUGACUGAUAAAUACGUCAAAUUUGGAAAUUUUAAUCUUCUACAGUCGACGAGACUGAAAAUAAAAUAAUACCAUGUUGAAUAUAUAUCAAUAAAAAAAAUUGAAGAAUAA